UGGCUCCGGAACCCCGGCCGGGUCUGUGCGCUCCGCAGGUAACGGACAUCUCUGCGACCAGCUGCCGGUGCGCGGUUCCCGACGCAGGCCGCAGGCGUGACCGCGCGGUGGAGGCCUUCGCCCCGCGUUGGAGGGGGAUUCUCCCUAGCGCCCCAAGUUGCACUGUAGGACCGAACCUCACUCCCUACUCCUGCCCGAGCUGGGGUAGCCCUAAGUGAGUCCUGAGGACCCAGACACCCGUCCACCUCCAUCGCCGCUGGUCAGGCCGAGGGAAGAGAGUGAGUUCUGCAGGCCCCUCUCUAGAGUGGACAGCAUGCUGCGUGUCCUGCUGCCACGGCUGCCUUGCCUGCUCAACAGGACCACCCCUUAUUCCACCUCCUCCGUGGUGGCAGCUCUGCCAAGCCCCAUCCUGAACCCGGACAUCCGCUACAACCAGUUAUUCAUUAACAAUGAGUGGCAGGAUGCGGCCAGCAAGAAGACCUUCCCCACCAUCAACCCCACCACGGGGGAGGUCAUUGGGCAUGUGGCUGAAGGGGACCGGGCCGAUGUGGAUCGGGCUGUGAGAGCAGCCCGGGAGGCCUUUCGCCUGGGCUCCCCAUGGCGCCGGAUGGAUGCGUCGGAGCGUGGCUGGCUAUUGAGCCGCCUGGCUGACCUGGUGGAGCGGGAUCGUGUCUACCUGGCUUCACUGGAGACCUUGGACAACGGCAAGCCUUUCCGGGACGCCUAUACCGUGGACCUGGGCCUGCUCAUCAAGAUCUACCGCUACUUUGCUGGCUGGGCCGACAAGUGGCAUGGCAAGACAAUUCCCAUGGACGGUGAGCACUUUUGUUUCACUCGACACGAGCCGGUUGGGGUCUGUGGCCAAAUAAUCCCAUGGAACUUUCCCUUGGUCAUGCAGGGCUGGAAGCUCGGCCCGGCGCUUGCUACUGGCAACACUGUGGUCAUGAAGGUGGCAGAGCAGACGCCACUUUCUGCCUUGUACUUGGCCUCUCUCAUCCAGGAAGCGGGCUUCCCUCCAGGUGUGGUGAACAUCAUCACGGGCUACGGGCCCACAGCGGGAGCGGCCAUCGCCCAGCACAUGGACAUUGACAAGGUCGCCUUUACAGGCUCCACAGAGGUGGGCCACCUGAUCCAGAAGGCAGCCGGUGAUUCGAAUCUCAAGAGGGUCACACUGGAGCUGGGUGGGAAGAGCCCCAGCAUCGUGCUGGCCGAUGCUGACCUGGGCCAUGCCGUGGACCAGUGCCACGAAGCCGUGUUCUUCAACAUGGGCCAAUGCUGCAGCGCCGGCUCCCGUACCUUUGUUGAGGAAUCCAUCUAUGAUGAGUUUCUCGAGAGAACCGUGGAGAAAGCCAAGCAGAGGAAAGUUGGGGACCCCUUUGCAUUGGACACCCAACAGGGACCCCAGGUGGACAAAGAGCAAUUCGACCGGGUCCUUGGCUACAUCUGGCAGGGCCAGAAGGAGGGGGCGAAGCUCCUGUGUGGUGGGGAGCGCUUUGGGGAGCAAGGUUUCUUCAUCAAGCCCACAGUCUUCAGCAGCGUGCGGGAUGACAUGAAGAUAGCCACUGAGGAAAUCUUUGGACCCGUGCAGCCUGUGUUCAAGUUCAGGAGGAUGGAGGAGGUAAUUGAGAGGGCCAACAACACUAGGUAUGGCCUGGCCGCCGCCAUCUUCACCCAGGACCUGGACAAGGCCUUGUAUUUCACCCAGGCCCUGCAGGCCGGGACCGUGUGGGUGAACACCUACAACGUGGUCUCCUGCCAAACGCCAUUCGGGGGCUUUAAGGAAUCAGGCAAUGGGAGGGAGCUGGGAGAGGACGGGCUGCGGGCCUAUACAGAGGUGAAGACAGUCACCAUCAAGGUUCCUCAGAAGAACUCGUAGGAACAACCACAGCCACAAUGCCCCAGUACCGCCCCAGUAUCACCCCGUUACCACCUGGACCUGCUGAUGUUUCUCUUCUGCUGUGGAUCCGUGUUCUUCAUUCCAAAGACAUGUUAGAGGCAACCCCAGCAGGUGUAGCAGCUAAGCCAGAGCUGUUUUAUUGAAGGUGGGAGAGAAGCUGGACUCAGGGUCCUGCCCGUGGCUUGCCCAGUCCCAGCCCCCUUGGUGGCCUUUGCUUGACUUUCAUGAAACCUUUGGCAUCUCUGGAAGACAAAUUUAAGCCAGUGAUCAAUCAUCCUAGUCCUCCCACAAGGACUUUCCAGUGCCCAAUGGUUUAAUCCGAUGGCUUAGUGGAUGGAUUGCGCACAGACCCGGAUGGGCUGGCAUUGGAAUUUUGUGAACCCUAAAUCAUGGCCCCAUGCUUCACUGACUUCAUCUAGAACCAGGAGUGCUUUUCUGAGAAUGUGUCAUUGGCUUUCUGGCUUACUUGUUCUUGAUUUUACUGCUGAUUUUCUUUCUCUGAGGCAAGAAAUACAUUUACAUAAUUAAACCUUUAAAGUCAACUCCAACACCCUAAUUGUCCAUCAGCAUCAGUUGCAUAUGCAAACUGUUCCCAUGGAACAUUCCUUGGGCCAUUCAGGCACAAAGAGGAAGGAGGUACUGACACCUGUUACACCAUGUGUGAACUUGAACACGACAUGCUAAAUGAGAAAAGCUGGAAUACAAGGCUGCAUAUUGCAUGGUUUCAUUUAUGUGAAAUAUUCAGAUGAGGCAAAUCAACUGAGACAAAAGUGGAUUCAUGAUUACCAGGGACCAGUAAAGGAGGGAAUGGUGGGAGGAGGGGGAGAAAAAAGUCUUUGAGAAUGUUCUAGAAUCAAUCACUGGAGGUCGUUUGCAUAACUUUGCAAACACACUGGAAACAACUGGGUUAUUCACUUAUGUGAAUUCAUUUCAUUUCAAACUUAAGGAAAAUAAA